AUGUCUCUCGAUUUCGAAAAGAUCCACACACCCAAGACCCUUUCGCAUGAGUUUGAGCUGCAGCCACUCGCCGACACCCUGGCGGCCAAGCCUCUCUCCGCAGCAGCAUGCAAGCUCAUAGACAUGCCCAAAAAUGAGUUUUUGGAUACUGAAGAAGAGAUCAAUGUGAUUGAGGCGGCAUUAUAUAUAUUGAGUGUCAAGUUUGAUACCCUCCCACAGGAGGAGAGGCCAAAUGACAGGGACAAGGUGCGACUGGUAAGUGGGUCAUACGGGAAUUCAACUGUCGCUGAGAGAGCUCAGUGGAUCACCCGGAACCGUGGCCCCGUCAUGGAGCAAUUGAUCUCUCGAGUGGAGCCUCCUUUUCGUGAGUAG